UCGCAAUAGCGAGCGGAAGUGGAUACGUUUACUGUAAUGGCGUCCUCCUGUGCCUAGAGAAGCAACGUGAUCACUCGUUAAAAAUGAUUUCCCUAUGUUUCUGUUUAGGAGGGCAGUAUCGCGAUUGUUUUGUUUAAUUACCGUUUUCGAAGACGACGUUUUAACUAAUAGGUAUCUAUCAAUAUAAAAAUGGCUUCCUUCAAACCUACUAAAAUCCAAGUCUAUCCCAAACUUGGUGAGAAAGUAACACAAGACACGCUAUACUGGAAAGAUUAUAAGACACCAGUCCAGAUAAAGGAAUUUGGAGCAAUCACAAAUGUAGAUGUUUCCCCUGUAUCGCCACAUAACUUUGCUGUGACAGCAUUCACAAGAAUUCACAUUUAUGGACCAUUCUCCCAGGAACCUCUGAAGACAUUUACAAAAUUUAAAGACACUGCAUACUGUGCAAGGUUCAGGUCAGAUGGCCAGCUCCUCGUGGCAGGAUGUGAGGACUCUGUCGUUCGACUAUUUGAUGUCAGCGGCAAAGUGGCGCUCAGGAUGUUCAAAGGACACACAAAGUCUGUACAUGUGACAGACUUUACGUCAGACCAGUACCGGAUUUUCACAGGUUCAGAUGACUACACGUGUCGACUUUGGGACAUGGCAAAUGCCACGUUGAUUAACACCUACCAGGAACACACGGACUACGUUCGCUGUGGUGUCACAAGCAAGCUAAACAGAGAUCUGUUUUUUACAGGAUCAUAUGACCACACACUGAAAGUGUUUGAUGCCAGAGUGGAUAAGAGUAUUAUGACCAUGGACCAUGGUCAACCUGUGGAGAGUGUGCUCCUCUAUCCUUCUGAGGGUCUCCUUGUGUCUGCAGGUGGUCGUUUUGUAAAAGUGUGGGAUCUGCUGAAGGGAGGUCAGCCCCUGGUGUCCCUAAGAAACCAUCACAAAACUGUCACCUGUUUAUGUCUUAGCAGCAACGGGGAGAGACUGCUGUCAGGUUCUCUGGACAGACAUGUAAAGGUGUACAGCACCACCAGCUACAAAGUGGUGCACAACUUUGACUACGAUGCCUCCAUUCUCAGUUUGGCUUUGGCUCCUGACGAUGAGUCAGUUAUUGUGGGUAUGACCAACGGUAUACUGAGUAUAAAACAUAGAAAAAGUCCAGAACAGUCGAAGGAAGUCCCUGGCCAACAAAAGAGACGGCCUUCAUACCGAGUUUUUGUAAAGGGGAAGAAGCGUCUUCCUAAACAGGAUGAUUAUCUUGUCAGCAAACCAGUGAAACAACAUUUGGCCAAAUACGACAAGCAACUCAAGAAAUUUAAUGUAUCUAAGGCUUUGGAUACAGCUCUGGAGACAUGGAGAAGACUUAAGAAACCAGAGGUAACAGUUGCUGUUAUAAAGGAGCUGGAACGACGAGGGACACUGAAAAACGCUCUGGCCGGAAGGGAUGAACAAGGACUUUAUCAUUUACUGCAUUUCCUCAUAGGGAACGUGGUGGACCCCAGGUUUGCUCCUGUUCUUGUGACUGCAGCAGAGAUGAUCUUGGACGUCUAUCAUUCGGUCAUCGGCCAGUCGCCAGUUGUGGACCGUCAGUUGCUCCGACUCCAGGAUCUUCUGGAGAAAGAGAUAGACUACCAGCAGGAUCUCUUGGAAGUCCUGGGCAUGUUGGACACAAUGUUCGCCUCUUCUGUGCCCAAAAUGGAGGUGCCAUGGUUUUCCACCAGCUGCUCUAACGGUCUGACUGAAGGAGAAGCGAGACCACCGCUUCAUGCCAUCUGAGGAUCUAACCAGUGCAGUGUGAUUUGGGUGGCAGUCAUGGAGACUUCUGCCACCGUGACCCAGUAACAGAUAAGCAGAUGAAAAUGGAUGGAUGGAAACUCUGGUGUUGACUGAGGCACAAAACAAACCUUUGUCUGAAAGGUCGUACACAAACCUGACAUGUCAGGCUACAUGUCACCAAAAUGGGACAACAACUGAACAUGCAUUUACCCUAUGAGCAUGAGUUAUAGUGUGUGUGAUUUUGUGUGUGUACACACAUUUGAUCAUGUUGGUAAUGUAUGCUACAAUUUUGUUUUGCUACAUUUGAUACUGAUAAAUGUUUUAUAAUCAGAUAUAUAAUACAUUUGUUUGUAA